UGUUCGAAUGCGACCCUGGUUACACCUUGAGCGGCAGCCACGAGACUCAGUGCCAAGAUGAUGGUAGAUGGGAUCCUCCUGUCCCUGUCUGUGAAAGAAUGCUGCAGUGUCCCUCUCCUCCAGCCAUUGCCAAUGGGAAGCCCAGCAUCAGGGCCUUGGCAGUGUUCACCACUGGAACAUCUGUAAAUUACAGCUGUGAGCCCGGCUACUCCCUAACUGGGCAGGCAUCUAUUUAUUGUACGGCAUCUGGAACAUGGAGCCCUCCUCCCCCUCGGUGUGAAGAGGUUCUCUGCAUCGCCCCAGAAAUCCAACAUGGAAGAAAAGUAGCUGGACGUGGACCUGUCUAUAGACCCAGGGACAUAGUUAGGUUUGAAUGUGAUCCUGGCUACACCCUGAAUGGCAGCCGUCAGAUUCAGUGCCAAGAUGAAGGAACCUGGGAUCCUCCUGUUCCAGUCUGCAUACAGGCGUUGCCGUGUCCCCCACCUCCGGUCAUUGUCAGAGGGAAGCACAAUGCCAAUCCAUUGGCAGCUUUCCCCAGUGGAACAUAUGUGAACUACAGCUGUGAACCCGGCUACGCCCUCCGGGGAGAGGCUACGAUCUAUUGUACCACAUCUGGAAUUUGGAGCCACCCUUCUCCUCUAUGUGAAGAGGGCUGUGGUGUCCCAACGAGGUUAAGCUUUGCUGAGCUGAAGAGCGAGUAUAAAAAUCAGUCUUCCUUUCCUGUUGGGAAGACUAUAAACUAUACUUGCCGGCCCGGAUACAAGAAAUCGUGUGGUCAUCCCGGAGAGCCGGAGAACGGCAGAGUUAUUAUAACAGAUCUCCUCUUCGGGUCAACCGUCAACUUCACCUGUGAAGAAGGACACCGGUUGAUUGGACGGCCUUACAGACGAUGUGAGAUUUCUGGCACACGUGUUGCAUGGAGCGGUGAUAUUCCCAUUUGUGAGCGUAUUCCGUGUCUUCCGCCUCCAGACAUCCCCAAUGGAAAACGCACUGGCAAGUUCAUGAAAAACUUCUCUUAUGGGUCAGCUGUAACCUACAAAUGUGACCAUGGUUACCCGCUCAUUGGAGAGGCCUCUAUUCACUGCACAACUGAGGACGGGCUAAACGGAGUGUGGAGUGCGCGUCCCCCUCGGUGUGGAGAGGUUAGAUGCCCAGCCCCACAAAUCCAGAAUGGAAGAAGAGUAUCUGGUGACAGACGUGUCUAUUCGUAUAAAGACAGUGUUACCUUUGAGUGCGAUCCUGGCUACACCAUGAAGGGUCACAGUCUGAGUCAGUGCCAAAUUGAUGACACGUGGGAUCCACCUCUGCCAGUCUGUGAGCCAGUGCCGCAGUGUCCCUCUCCUCCAGCCAUCGCCAACGGGAAGCCCAGCGUCCAGGCCUCGGCAGUGUUCACCACUGGAACGUCUGUAAAUUACAGCUGUGAGCCCGGCUACUCCCUAACUGGGCAGGCAUCUAUUUAUUGUACGGCAUCCGGAACGUGGAGCCCUUCCCCUCCUCAGUGUGAAGUCAUAAUUACCCAGGACAAACCCACAACUGUCCCCCCCGAAGGAGCAGAAGUAGCUGGUACUUCCUCAGUGAUGUGCGUGAGCCCAGAAGUGGAGAAUGGAAGAACAAAUGGGAUACAGCCUGCCUACAGACCCAGAGACAUCAUUGUGUUUGAAUGUGACCCUGGUUACACCUUGAGCGGCAGCCCAGAGACUCGGUGCCAAGAUGAUGAGGUUCUCUGCAUCGCCCCAGAAAUCCAGAAUGGAAGAAAAGUAGCUGGAUGUGGACCUGUCUAUAGACCCAGGGACACAGUUAGGUUUGAAUGUGAUCCUGGCUACACCCUGAAUGGCAGCCGUCAGAUUCAGUGCCAAGAUGAAGGAACUUGGGAUCCUCCUGUUCCAGCCUGCACAGAGGCCACGUGCAUGAGCCCAGAAGUGGAGAAUGGAAGAACAAAUGGGGUACAGCCUGCCUACAGACCCAGAGACAUUGUUGUGUUUGAAUGCGACCCUGGUUACACCUUGAGCGGCAGCCCAGAGACUCAGUGCCAAGAUGAUGGUAGAUGGGAUCCUCCUGUCCCUGUCUGUGAAAGAAUGCUGCAGUGUCCCUCUCCUCCAGCCGUUGCCAACGGGAAGCCCAGCGGCUGGGACUUGGCAGUGUUCACCACUGGAAUGUCUGUAAAUUACAGCUGUGAGCCCGGCUACGCCCUAACUGGGCAGGCAUCUAUUUAUUGUACAGCAUCCGGAACGUGGAGCCCUCCCCCUCCUCGGUGUGAAGAGGUUCUCUGCAUAGCCCCAGAAAUCCAGCAUGGAAGAAAAGUAGCUGGACGUGGACCUGUCUAUAGACCCAGGGACACAGUAAGGUUUGAAUGUGACCCUGGCUACACCCUGAAUGGCAGCCGUCAGAUUCAGUGCCGAGAUGAAGGAACCUGGGAUCCUCCAGUUCCAGUCUGCAUACAGGCGUUGCCAUGUCCCCCACCUCCGGUCGUUGUCAAAGGGAAACACAAUGCCAAGCCAUUGGCAACUUUCAACAGUGGAACAUAUGUGAACUACAGUUGUGAACCCGGCUACGCCCUCCAGGGAGAGGCUACGAUCUAUUGUACCACAUCUGGAACUUGGAGCCACCCUUCUCCUCUAUGUGAAGAGGGCUGUGGUGUCCCAACGAGGUUUACCUUUGCUGAGCUGAAGAGCGAGUAUAAAAAUCAGUCUUACUUUCCUGUUGGGAAGACUAUAAACUAUACUUGCCGGCCUGGAUACAGCAGACAGCUGCAGAUACCACCCACUAUUACAUGCCUUCAGAAUCGAAGGUGGUCAGAAGCACUCAAGUUCUGUAAAAAGAAAUCGUGUGGUCAUCCCGGAGAGCCAGAGAACGGCAGAGUUAUUAUAACAGAUCUCCUCUUUGGGUCAACUGUCAACUUCACCUGUGAAGAAGGACACCGGUUGAUUGGACAGCCUUACAGACGAUGUGAGAUUUCUGGCAUGCGUGUUGCAUGGAGUGGUGAAGUUCCCAUUUGUGAGAAGGUUAGUUGCCCAGCCCCACAAAUCCAGAAUGGAAGAAGACUAUCUGGUGACAGACAUGUCUAUUCGUAUAAAGACAGUGUUACCUUUGAGUGUGAUCCCGGCUACACCAUGAAGGGUCACAGUCUGAGUCAGUGCCAAACUGAUGACACGUGGGAUCCACCUUUGCCCGUCUGUGAACCAGCCACGUGCGUAAGCCCAGAACUGGAGAAUGGAAGAACAAAUGGGGUACAGCCUGCCUACAGACCGAGAGACAUCGUUGUGUUUGAAUGUGACCCUGGUUACACCUUGAGCGGCAGCCCUGAGACUCAGUGCCAAGAUGAUGGUAGAUGGGAUCCUCCUGUCCCUGUCUGUGAAAGAAUGCUGCAGUGUUCCUCUCCUCCAGCCAUCACCAAUGGGAAUCCCAGCGUCCAGGCCUCGGCAGUGUUCACCACUGGAAUGUCUGUAAAUUACAGCUGUGAGCCCGGCUAUUCCCUUACUGGGCAGGCAUCUAUUUAUUGUACAGCAUCCGGAACGUGGAGCCCUCCCCCCCCUCGGUGUGAAGAGGUUCUCUGCAUCAUCCCAGAAAUCCAACAUGGAAGAAAAGUAGCUGCACGUGGACCUGUCUAUAGACCCAGGGACACAGUUAGGUUUCAAUGUGAUCCUGGCUACAACCUGAUUGGCAACCGUCAGAUUCGGUGCCGAAAUGACAGAACCUGGGAUCUUCCUGUUCCAGUCUGCAGACAGGCGUUGCGGUGUCCCCCACCUCCGGUCAUUGUCAAAGGGAAGCACAAUGCCAAGCCAUUGGCAACUUUCCCCAGUGGAACAUACGUGAACUACAGCUGUGAACCCGGCUACACCCUCCGUGGAGAGGCUUCGAUCUAUUGUACCACGUCUGAAACUUGGAGCCACCCUUCUCCUCUAUGUGAAGUGACGUGCGUGAGCCCAGAAGUGGAGAAUGGAAGAGCAAAUGGGAUACAGCCUGCCUACGGACCCAGAGACAUUGUUGUGUUUGAAUGUGACCCUGGUUACACCUUGAGCGGCAGCCCAGAGACUCAGUGCCAAGAUGAUGGUAGAUGGGAUCCUCCUGUCCCUGUCUGUGAAAGAAUGCCGCAGUGUCCCUCUCCUCCAGCCAUCGCCAAUGGGGAGCCCAGCGUCCAGGCCUCGGCAGUGUUCACCACUGGAACGUCUGUAAAUUACAGCUUGACGUGCGUGAGCCCAGAAGUGGAGAAUGGAAGAACAAAUGGGAUACAGCCUGCCUACAGACCCAGAGACAUUGUUGUGUUUGAAUGCGACCCUGGUUACACCUUGAGCGGCAGCCAUGAGACUCAGUGCCAAGAUGAUGGUAGAUGGGAUCCUCCUGUCCCUGUCUGUGAAAGAAUGCUGCAGUGUCCCUCUCCUCCAGCCAUCGCCAACGGGAAGCCCAGUGUCCAGGUCUCAGCAGUGUUCACCAGUGGAAUGUCCAUAAAUUACAGCUGUGAGCCCGGCUACUCCCUAACUGGGCAGGCAUCUNUUGAGCAGUCCUUUCAUGACGUGCAUAACCCAGAAGUGGAGAAUGGCAGAACAAAUGGGGUACUACAGCCUGCCUACAGACCCAGAGACAUCGUUGUGUUUGAAUGCAACCCAGGUUACACCUUGAGCGGCAGCCCAGAGACUCAGUGCCAAAAUGAUGGUAGAUGGGAUCCUCCUGUCCCUGUCUGUGAAAGAAAGGUUCUCUGGAUCGCUCCAGAAAUCCAGAAUGGAAGAAAAGUAGCUGGACGUGGACCUGUCUAUAGACCCAGGGACACAGUUAGGUUUGAAUGUGAUCCUGGCUACACCCUGAAUGGCAGCCGUCAGAUUCAGUGCCAAGAUGAUAGAACCUGGGAUCUUCCAGUUCCAGUCUGCAUACAGGUGUUGCGGUGUCCCCCACCUCCGGUCAUUGUCAAAGGGAAGCACAAUGCCAAGCCAUUGGCAGCUUUCCCCAGUGGAACAUAUGUGAACUACAGCUGUGAACCCAGCUAUGCUCUCCGUGGAGAGACUUCGAUCUAUUGUACCACAUCUGGAACUUGGAGCCACCGUUCUCCUCUAUGUGAAGAGAUCAGAUGUGCAUUCCCAGAAGUUCAAGGUGGCAAGAAGGCAGUAGCGGGAACUACAUAUCGAUUUGGAACUAAUGUUACUGUGGAAUGUGACAACGGUUAUGUGCUAGAAGGCAGCAGUCUGAUACAGUGCCAACAUGACUUUACCUGGAAUCCUCCUGUGCCAGUCUGUAAAUCCAGUUCCUAUAACUUCAUCUCAGGAGUCCUCAGGAUCGUAGGUGGCGUGCUGCUGCUUCUCCUGGUUACCAUCAUUAUCUGGAGGAUUAUGUCUACGCAGAAUGCAGGCUAUUACUAUACACAUGAAAACAACAAGAACCAGAUGCCUUUGGUCCACAUAACUGAACAAAAAAAUUCAUUUGCACCAUAGCAGGCAGGAAACCGCUGCUCGUCAUGGUCAAGGAUUUUGCCUGGAGAACAUGGAAGCAUUUCCUUCACCUUCUUCCUGAGUAAUUUACCUUCUUGCAAUGAAGUUCUCUAGGGGAAAAUGCAAAGCCAUAGCAUAUAGCGGACGUUGUUACUGCAGCUGCUUCCAUUAGAUGCUUAUAGCAGUUGAGUUCAUUAAGUUCAACUUUACACAGCACCAGACUGUAGCUUUUAGGCCUCCCUCCUGCUGUUUGUCCAUGAAAAUACCUUGCAUGCGGACUUCUGAGAUGAACAAGACACGCUGCAGCAUCAAGGAUGCUUACUCCUCAGAUUAUGCUCUGGCCUUCUUUCCCUUUCAUAGAAAUUCUUGUUUCUGAGCAGUUGACUAAGUAAUCUGUCACCUGGAGGAGGAGAAGACAAGGGCUGCUGAGCCUGCCUUGAUUAGAAACUGCAAGCACAAGACUCUGAACUUCCUCCUGAGCAUGUUUCAUUGACUGCCACAGCUGUCUUCUGGAAACGUUUGGGAAGGUUGUGUGUGUGUGAAAGGAACCUUUAAUUUUGAGGAGUUAAUGGAUUUUAUAAAAAGGGCUUCAUGUUGCUCUUCACAGACAUAGCACUUAAUGUCCUUCACCUUAUAGUAGAGAUACAAUCAACUUCUUUUACAACCCUUUGUAAUUUUUAACCCAUUUUGCCUUCAAUAUUUAAUUUUCUUCUUGGAUCACUUACUUUAAAAUAACUUAAUAGGCAUGAAACUACAGAUUAAACUUUUUAAAUACUGAUUUUAAAUCAAAAGCU